AUGAGUUAUUCAGAUCACCCACCUAUAAUAUUUUUUUCAAUUGGUAAUCCUGGUCCUAUAACUCGUCAUUCAGUUGGUCAUUUCAUGUUAAAACGAUUAAUGGAAUCAUCAUCAACCACUUCAAUUAAACAAUUGAGUAAUUAUUCAUCAUAUUCAUUAUCAGUUGAUUCUUUUAAUAAUAUAAUUUAUAUUAAAUCCAAUACAUAUAUGAAUGAAUCUUCUAAAGCAUGGAAUAAAUUCAAAUUAUCAAAAGAAUAUAGAUCAUUUAUAAAGGAACAAGACCAAGACCAAGACCAAGACCACCACGAUCAAAUAGUUAGUGUGAUUAUAUUAUAUGAUGAUUUUGAAAAUAAUUUAGGUACGAUUAAAUUAAAGCAAUUUAAAAAAAAAUCUAAUAAUAAUGAAUCCCAUAAUGGUUUAAAAAAUUUAAAACUCUCCAUGAUCGAUGGUAAUAGUAGUAAUGCUACUGGUGAGGCAAUAUAUUUACUUGGAAUCGGAAUUGGACCAAAACCAAAUAAUAAUCCAAGUGGAGAAAUCAUGAGACAAUGGAUAUUAAGUCCAUUUAAUAAACAAUCUGAAAAAUAUAAGUUAGAAACAGAAUCAUUUAAAUUAUUACAAUUAUAUAUUGAUACAAUGAUAGAACAAAUUAGUAAUGAUAAUGAUGGUAUUAUUAAAGAUGUUAAUAAAUUUAAUGCUAAAAUGACAAAAUUAUGGAAAAGAAAACAAUCAGAACAAGAAUCAUUAGAAUCAUCACAAUGGUUAGAGUAA